UUUUCCCGCAAGUAGUUGGAAAGUUUCCAGGUGACAAUUCAAUUACACUCAAAUCUCUCGAAAAUCAUCAAAAAUUACAAUUGAAAGGUGAAAUUAUUUGUACUAUACUCACACUUUUAAUACAGUUCCAAUGUACAAAUUCUCCCCCUGCGAACGACUUCGACUGAAUUUCUCCUCCCGUCGCGUCGACUCGACUCGAUUCGCCUCGCCUCGGAUGCUCCAUAGUUCAGUAUCAGCUUUCAGUCCGGGGCGAACACUUCAUGAGUGAGGCACGUGAAUAUUCUCUUCUUUCUAAACACAAGAGAAACACCCGAACUCUGUGAGAGCCUUUUUCUUUACUGUCUCUAUACUUAUAUUGAGAGCUUAAAACCGGAAGUACUUGAUACAAACAUACCGUUAAAAACUCGUGGAAAGCUUCAAUAGUUUUUGCCGGAAAAUGUGCAAGGGCGGAAAAGCAGUUGUAGUAGCACGCUGCUUUUGGUGGUAGAAUCGAUCGUUGCCUUUCUGGUCCGAGGUGCCGGUUUUCUGUUAUACGUGAAUAAUUUUCCGGAAUUAUUUCCAAAAAAAAAGCUCUAUUGAAAGUGUCAUUGCCAACAUAAGAAUAAAAAAAAAAAACCUAAAAAAAGUCCACCAAUCAGGACGCGUUGUUUAAAUAUCAUUGUUGCUGAUUUGAACAUUAAUCCCGCCAAAGUGGAAAUAUUUCUUCUCAAUCACCUCCCCCCUUUUUUUUGUCAGUUAUUAAUUGGACGUUAAAGAUGGAGUAUCCUAGGAUGUUUUUCACAGUUUUUUAUUGCAAUAAUGUUCGGUGACGGAAGAAAUAGAGUGUGAUAUAAUGUGCAUUAAGGAUAUAAAUUUAAGAUUUGUCGCCUUUUAGUGAAAAAAAAAGAAAAUCGUCGAUUUACAUAUAUGGAAAGAAGCGGAUUUAACGACAAAGGGUUAAUCGAGCAUCAAUUCCUCUCAAAGAUUGUCCAGUGUCAAGUGGAUUUCGACGAGGGUUACUACUACAGGAUUUCAUCAACAAUGAUGGUCAGUCUGGAUACAAUAUCAAUUUAUAUUUGCAUUUUUUGAUACUUGCAAAUUCUUCCAACGUGUACACGGAAAAGGCACCCUUUUAACGACAUUGCUGAAGAACAAGAAAGCAGAUGUUAUUGGAUUCAGUGUCUGGAAUAACGCAGCUGUUGCAUAUUUAGAGGUGGCGUUCUGCAGUCAGUCUGACAAAGAAGGCUGUGUGAUGAGGGGUGUCGGCUAAAAAGGUUGUCGCGCAGGCGUACUAGGAGCUUUUGGGAAGAUGCUGCCUUCCGGGAGAGACUUGUUAAGGCCGUUGCUUCUUCUAAUCAUCGCAGGAAGUACCGAGGCCUUCAAUUCACGACAAACAGAAUGCACGUUUCCGUCGCGUUGGGAGGGCACUUGGUUCCAGAGCGGUGUACGCCAAGCGAUCGUGAUAUCAAGGGACGUUCUCUCCAGCAAAGGAAAGUGUCUUCACAAUGAGGGUGACAAGUUUCUUCUCGUCGACGAAAAAGCUUGCUAUCGUUGUGUCGUCAUUCAUGAGAAGCAUUCAAACGUUCUACAGUACAAAGAAACCUACUGUCAAAAUAAACAUUCAUUGGCUUCGUUGUGCUCGUACAUAACUGGAGAUGCCUUGUUGUAUUCAAUGUUUCGUGAAGAAGCUGUGCCAGUUCCAUGUCCAUUUCAUGGACCUUUGACUUUCUCCUACAACAGAGGACACGGCCUUUGUUCCAGUCCGCAAAGCAAUGUUGACACCUGUACAGACGAUAGUAAAUUGCUCUUUAGGUAUCAAGCCUGUCCAGACGUACACGGAUCUGAAAGUUCCAAAGAGGAAUUGGAAUGUCUAGCAACUUGGAAAGAGGGAAGCAGUCGAUAUUUGGUGGGACGAUUGAAUCAUGAUCAUGCAACAAGCAACGAGGAUCGUUACAGAUGUUUCGUUUAUGAGAGAGCUGAUCAAAGUGUUCAGGGAAAUUUAAAUCGUCCUAGUGGCAUUGGCUUGGAAAAUAAUGAACAAGAAAUUCUUCUUUCCAAUGGAUUGGCAAUGGAAAAUUCGUCAAUUGAAAUAUUUAAUGUCGCUCAAAGUGGUGACGCCACAUGCAAUGGUCUCUUUAGUCCAAUGGAGGGAUCACGAACCAUGAAACUCACCAAAGUCUCGUCGCCAGGAAAUUGUAAAUUUCCUCAAUGGCUAACGGGCCAUGGGGGCGGUGGUCUAACAUGGCAUACUUUAGAUCUUGGACGAUCGUACACAUUUCAUCCACACAAUGCAACACUUCAUGUGACAAGAUCAAAUGCAAGUUCAUCGAGAAUCGAUGGUGUUUCAUUGGAUUUUCAAGAUAUUCCCGGGCAAGAGGAAUAUUAUGUAAAAAUUCUUUGUAAUUCCAUUAAAUAUCCAAAUCCAACUGAAACGAUGAAUAUGAUUGUGGCACAUUAUACACACGGAUGUCGAAGCGGAUAUGUGUGUAUGGCAUUCUACAGGAGGGAUGGUCACGUGGUGGAACUACAAACGGGAAAUCCAGUUACGAGGCCGGAAGAUGCGUGCCUUCCUGCACACUAUCAACCACGCAGUACUCCCUUUUUGACUUUAGUCACGAGUUCACCAGAGCCACGACAAUGUCCAUAUUUGGGAAAAUUCACUGUAACCGGUUUAAAUCGUAAUCAAAGAAACGCCAGGGAUGGUGCACGUAGAAGUCAUGAGAUACUUGGCACUUUAGCACAAGAGAAGGUCAGACACGCUCAAGAAAAAUCUGACGAUCGUCGUUCUCGUAAACUAGAUUUUGAAAUUCAAAAAAAACGUCUCAAUAAUGAAUAUUUUUCCCGUGAACAACAACAACAACAACAGCAACAACAUCUUGGUAGAAGAGUAAGAUCAAGUCGAAUUCAUUCAGAAACAAAUUUCCCACCAUCAUUGAAAAUACCUUUUUCAAUUAAAAAUGAAAAAUUCAAAUCACUUGAAUCAGAAAAAAUUGAAAAAAUGAAAAAUAUUGCUGAUAAUAAUAUUCUUUCAAGACAUCGUAAAAUUGAAGAUUUUAAUGUUGAUAUGGAAAAUUUUGCGCAAGCACGUCACAAUUGGGCAACGAAAUUUGACGAGACGGGAAUUCCAAGUAUCCUGCAGGUUCAGGAUGAUUAUUUUGGUGACUAUCUUGACGAUGUGGAUAGUAUUCCCAAGAGGAGUUUCUCAUCGCGCGACGAUAAAUUGUUUACCUACGCUGAUCUUUUGCGAAUGAAGAGAGAUUCAGAUGAUGACGAUGAUGAUGAAGAAGAAAAUUUUGAAAGACGUGAGAAAAGAGAGAAUGAAAAUCCAAGAUGCAAUUCGGACGUGACAACAUUAACUGUCGGAUGUUCGACUGCAGACAGAAUGGAAUUUCAAAAUGAUUGCAUUGAUGAUGACGUUGUCACAGCUUAUUCUUGUCAUGGAAGGUGGUUCGAUGGUGAGGGCACUCAAUUUGUGAUUGCAACGCCACUUGCUCGUCGAUCGGCUUGGUCAAAUGAUAACAACAGGCCACAACCCUAUAGAAACAGUAGAAGAUUAUGUUUCAUGUAUAGAGAGAGCGGCGGUGUCGUGAGUUUAACUGCGAGUGCAGACGCCUGUCAUAGGGAGGUUCAGACAUCACCUCCAAUGUUGGCCUUCAAUGCGACCAGCAUCGGUCAAUGUCUCGAAGACAACAGCAGUAUGGUUCACCGAGCAUCGUACCUGACUAUAAGUCUAAUCGUGAUAAUUGUUGCAGUGUUUAGGUGAUUCUAAAACGAGAAAAAUUGAAUUCAAUUGUUCCUGGAAAUUCUGGGAUUUUCUCAUAUAUUGUACAUAAGAAGACAGAGAAAGAGAGAGAGAGAGGAAAAGUAAAAUACCGUAAUUUGAAUUUCGAUUAAUCAGGUGAGUUUUAGAUUUUUCUAAGACUCUAUAUAUAUAUUCUAUCAGGGAAAAAUUAAUUCACAGAUGCUCAAAAUGUUGAAUUAUCAAUUUUCCCAACGCAAAAAUUUUUUUUUUUUUUUUGUAAAAAAUAGCUUGUAGGCUUAAUUGUAACUCUGGGCUAGAACCAUAUCAUGGUACGAACUCGCAGUCGGAAUCGGGAAAUUAAAGGGAAUCUUGUUUUGAUUUAUCAUCUUUUAAAAAAAAUUUUUUUUAUAGGGAUGCAAAAAUAUGAAUCGAAUGAUUCGAUACAAUAGAUUAUGUAAUAUUAAUUAGAUUAUAUAAUCGCUCGAGACGAUGGAAAGAACAUUUGCAAAAGAAAUGAAAAGAAAACGGAUUCCUGCCCUGUGACAAAAGAAAGAAAGGUGUAAAAUGUAAAUUGCUGCAACUGUGAUUAAUUUGUCACCAGGCGGUGAAGAUCGUUGAUUUUUUUUUUUUAAUUUGCAUAUUUCUUCCAAUGCUUCUCAUGCGCAAUAUAUUAAUAAACUCACAAGUUCUCUUAAUUUUUCGAGGCACCGAACUUCGAAAUCUACUCCAAUAAGCAAAUAACGAUAUAUAAUAUAAAGAAAUGUGUUUUGAAUGAAUCGAAAUGAAAUAUUGAGAGAGAUACUCUAUUAUUAAUUAUCAAUAUUGAUUGAAAUUAUAUCGUGAGAUGAAUAAAAUUAGCAAAAAAAAAGGAAUGAAUAUGGGACGACGAUUAUUGUAUCUUAUACAGAGUUUAUAUUAAAUAUUAUUGUACAACCAUCCUUCUAUUAACGAAUAUUCAAAUCGGAUAAUGUGCUGGUCAGAGUAAAAAAAAAAAAAUUAAGUCAGCAAUUUUAACAAUAGCUGUCAAUUUUCUUCCUUUUUUUCUCAUAGACUUCUUUUAGAUUUUUCAAUUUACAUUCAAAAUAUAUUUAAUAAAUCAGUGUAAUUAGUCAAGUCUGAUAAUUAUACGAGUUACCUAUAUCAAGUUGCAGUUAAUUUACCAAAGAACGUCUUUUGAUCUCUAAGUGAGAGUUUCCUGGUUUUUCUUUCUUUUUUUUAAAACUCUUUUAGAAUCGAAAUCAUUUUACAUUAGCCGGAAGCAUUUUGCAAAAAAAAAAUGUUAAUUAAUUUACUUUUAAUGAACAUUUUUAAAAAUUUAACUUUUAAUAUUUAAUUAAAUUGAAAUGAAAUAAAGCUUGAAACGAGUUAAUUAACAUAUAUACUUUUGAAGCAAAAGUAAAUUUUUUUUUAACGUAUCAGAUAUAUACAUAUAUAUAUAUGUAAUGUUUGAUUUAAAUUUAAAUUAACUGGCUUUUUCCCUGGUAUUGAUGUUACUUAUAUGCUCUACUGGAAAUGAAGGAGUUUCCGGUUUGAAAUCGUCAUGUCUUUUUUCCACACAACUUUAAAAAAGAAAUUAUUUUAACGUCAAUACCCCCGAGGGAAAAAGACUUAUAUACCUGAUUUUUAAAUUUAAAAAAGUAGUCUCAACAUAGAGAAAAAAAAAUAUAGCGAAAUAGUACACAAUUAGGAAGUACUGUACCUUAUUGCAUAUUUAGCGUAAAUUAUAUUAAGUAAAUAAGUAAGAUUUUUAGCUUUUAGAAGUAAGCUCAAUGUGACAGCAAUCAGAUGAAUAAAAAAAUCUCGCGUUUUAAUGAUUUUUAUUUUAAUUAUCUAAAAUUCUAAUUGUGAUAAAAAAAACUAAUACUUGUCUUUGAUUAUUUGUAUAAACUUAAUUUUUAUUAUAAAAAAUAAAUAAUUUUUAAAGGAAAAAUUUAUUUUAAAUAUAAGUUUAAUAAAAUAUUUAAGCCUUUUUUGUUGAGAAUUAGAUGGAAAGAAAAAAUAAUUUUAGGAUUGUUGUACAAUUGACUAAUAAUGAUGAGACGGGUUUUCACGCAUGAAUGAAUAUUUUAUGAAUCGAUGCAUAAGAUUGUCAUUAUUUUCGAUUGGCCGCUCGCAAUAGCAAACAAAGCUAUAUUCGAUAAUUAUAGAUACAUCCCCAAACAUUGUUACCGGUUCCCCUCGGGGGUUUGACAAAUAUUAUGCGUCGCUUAAUGAGAUUCAUGCAAUCGUUCGAUGCACGUAAUCCUACAAAUUUACAUCAGCAACAUGAACUACUGUUUGUCUUUUAUACAGUUUAAAUUUCAUCUAGGCCUUUUAGAUCAGAAAGUCAAUUUAUUUAUUAAAAUGAUUCAUUUUUAUGUGUAAAAAUUAUUUCAAAAUAUACUGUGGCUUUUUAUUAUUUAUUAAACACGAAUAUUCAAAGACAAGUUUUUUUUCAAAAAAAAAAAAGAGUUAAUUCUUUGUUCUUAUUUGUAAAUAAAUGAUAAUUAAAACCACAAUGACGAUGAAAAAAAAAGAAAAUUACUUUGACGACCGCACAUUAACAUUUUUUUUCAUCUUUAGAAGAUGAUAUCAUUUCGUUCUUUUAUAAAAGUAAUUUUUGUCAAAGGCAAUCAGAUUUUCUGACAGUCAAAUCGAUUUGUGAUAUUGGAAAAUAGAUCUAGUUGAUGGUUUCGUUUUAAAAAGAUAUGUUGAAAUAUUAUAUUUUUCGUUCAGACUAGUUUCACGGUUUAUUUAACAUGAGCGAAUAAUUUGAAAGAAAUUUUUAUUCAUCAUUCUUUAAUUUCAAAGAAACUUUUUUUUCUUACGUUUAAAAAUAUUUUAAUGAAACUAAUUUGUGGAUUAAUGCAAAAAUAAUCACAUUUAAAUAUCAUCCGUUUAUCUCAAUCUCUCAUGAGUAAAUUUCACACCUUUUGAAAAUAAUAUACGUAUGGCUAUAUAUUUGUUUUGUCAAUUCUGAAUGUUUCAGAAUUACCGUUAGGAAACUUUUUAACGACAUGUGUAUAGAAUUUAAUUAAACGCGGCUUUUUCCUUACUAAUUAAAUAUUAACCAGUCUCAAUCUGUUUUGUUUGACAAUUUAUUAUAAUUUACUUGGGAAAUUCUCUGGCAAAAUUUAAUACUAAAAUUUUGUUUUUUUUUUAAUGGAGAAAAAAAUUAUAAACAGUUCGUGAAUUUUUUUGAGAAUAUUUUCCUUAUUUUACAAAUUAGUUUUUAAAUUUUAAUUUUUAAUGAAGCGUUUUAAAUGCAUUUUGAAAACAUUUUACACUAAUAUACAGAUAAACUUCUACAAUCCAUUAUUGUGAAUAUUAAGUUUAGUCUAUAGUAAUAUUUUAAGACUCUUGUUUCAUGUUUUUACAUAAUAGCUUCCAAUAAAAAAAAAAUGAUAGAAAAUACAAAUAUUAAAUAAAAAAAUAAAAAAAAAAUGGAACAGCUAUAUUAGAAGCUUGAAAUGAGAAUUGAAAAAAGAUUUUAUCUUGUGAAAAAUUUUGAAUCUCCACGUGACGUAUUGUAAAAAAUCUUGUAUAAAUAUUUAUAAGAUUUAGCAUUAAGCUAAUUACUGAAAAUAAUCGAUUCGAAAAUCGAUUUUUCGAAGAGCAAUGUAAAAAGUUAAGAAAUUGCGAUAAAAAAAAAAGAGGAAAAAAAUUAAGUAACGAUUAAUGAGAUUAAACUUGAUCGUUUUAUGCAAUCUUUAAAAAAUUAUUGCAACAACGAUCGUCACUGUACGUGUGUUACAAAAUUUGAUUUCAAUAAUUUUGCAAAAAAAAAAAUCGCAAAAUCGAUGUCGAAUUUUUCUUAUAACGCUCUCUUCAUUUCUUGGCUUUUUUUCUAUUUUUCAGUAUUUGAAUUUAUUUUAUUCUAAAUUUGAUAAAAUUAAAAUACUAUAGAAUUUAUUGCAUUAUUGUUAUCUGUUAAGCCAUGAGUUUGUUAAUUAUUUGAAAAAUUGUCAGAAAUACCAACUACUUGUCUAAGAUAAGGUGCCAAGCCAAAUUCUAUAUUUAUAGAUUUAAAAAAUUUUAAUGCUCAAAAAAAAAAAUUUAUCUCAUAACUUUAUUGUGGCUCAUUGAAAAUAAUUUUUUUUUUCUAUAGUUUAUAAAAAAAAAGAAAACAAUUUAUUUAAUUAUUAUUAAUCUUGUAUAUAAUUAAAAGUUAUUUAUUAUAUUAUUUUUCUAAAAGAGAAAGAGAGGGAGAGACAGACAGAAAGGAAAAGAGAUUUCAAAAUCGAAUCGAUUUUGUUAUGUUUCUUAAAAGAGUUUCGAAAAAAAAAUUUCUAAUUUAUAAAAAAACGUAAUGCAAUUAUGAAGCAUCAAUGUAAUCAUUAAUUAACAAAACAAACAACGAAUAACUUAAGCCCAAUGUAGAAUCGGGGACCUCUCUGAUUAAUCACACAUUUACACAAACACACACACACACACAAAUUUUUACCCUAUCGAAUCUUUGAGGAUCUCGAAUUCGUACAUUUUUGUAUAUCUGUAGUUUAAUAAACACCUCGCCCCCCCCCCAUCCACCCCUCUCAUGUAAUUUAAAUUUUAAAAGUUUAAAAUUUAUGCAAAGAAAUUUUUUUACCAACAAGAAUACGUGGCGUCAAAAUUCUAAGCGUUAAACAGUAUUUACCCGACAUUUAAUACAAAGAGAGAAAGAAAAAAAAAAUGACGGGCAAUCGUGAAUGGGGAAAAAAAUAAGAAUGUAAUCUUUCUGAAAGAAUGAUUGAACAAAAAAAGAACAAAGGCUGUAGAGAAUGCUCUUGUAUGAAUGAGAUAAAUUUGAAGUCGAAAAAUGACAAAAAAAAAUGUGUGUAAGCUACCUGUGCCUUGUAACAAACUAUAUAUAUAUAUAUAAAUUAUAUAUAUAUACAAAUAUAUAUAAUUGAAAAUCUCA